CAAUGAUGAAGCACACGAGGGAGGGAAGGUGGGCAACUGCACGCACCAAAUCUUUAUUUGGAGAAACUAAACUAUUUGACUUUGACUUCUAUUGAGCAAAUUUAUUAAGUAAAGAAAACAGAUGAAUCCAAUUCCACCCCUUCUUUGUAGGCCUCUUUGUUAUUUUUCACUAUAUAAAUCAACUUGCCUGGUUUCUCUUUGAGCAAUUUAAGUAGGGUUUUGGUCUUCAAUCUUCUACCCUUAUUUUAUGGAUUUAGCCGCACUCAAAACACAGCUCAAGAAUUUUGUUCAAUCCAUGUUUGAAGAGGGAGUGCUUGACAACCAGUUCAGUCAAAUUCAAGCUUUGCAGGAUUCAACAAAUCCCAACUUCGUGGAGGAAGUCAUCACUUUGUUUUGCAAUGAUGCAGAGAGGAUCAUAAAUGAAAUCAACAGAAAUUUGGGUUAUCAGAAUGUUGAUUUUAGCAACCUGGAUUCUUAUGUUCAUCAACUUAAAGGAAGUAGCUCUAGCAUUGGUGCCAAUCGCUUGAAACUUGCUUGUGCUAACCUCCGUCAAGCUUCCGAUGAGCGGAAUAAGGAAGGGUGUUUGCAAGCUUUACAAUUAAUCACAUGCGAAUACUGUCUUUUACGCAGAAAAUUUCAGGCCCUGUUGCAUUUAGAGAGGAGUAUUGUUGAGCUUGAGACCAACCAAAAAUGAAUAAAAUGGAGUGUGCAUUUGGAGGAACAGUUGGAUGGACAUUUGUUUCUUCAUUUUGCUUCAACUUCAUCAAUGGCGCUAUGAUAUUGAGUUAAUCUUCAUUUUACAAUAAGCCAUUAAGGAAUAAAUUAGUGCUUCUUCUUUUUUUUCUGUUUAAUUAUUGUAAAGAAAUCAAAACUUAAGCUCAAAGUAUGGUUAUGGUUAUAUAAGAUAAGAAUGUCUGCAUUUCAUGAAGAUAGACGAUAAAAAAAAUUGGUCUUCUUUUUUAUUGAUGGUUUGUUUGCAUCUUUGUAAUUACAUGAACCAUCAAAAAUCAGCUCAGCAAUUUUUGACCAAGCAAAAGUAGAAUUUUGAGGGUGAGGAACAUCCAAAAACCUUCUUAUCUCUAAGCAUAUAGGCUUUAAAUACAAGCCACCAGUAAAGAAGCUGAAUUGGAAAAGGGAAAAAGGAAAAAAAAAUCCAUAUGUUUUGAAGAGGCAGGCAGGCAAGCAUGGGUUGUGAGAUUGGUCGAGUCAUUUGAUGUCGGCUAAGCUGUAGUUGAUGUAAGACAGGUUAAGGAACUUUAGUGCUUAUAGAAGGUGGGUAGUCACUAGUCAACAACGCACCCAAUCCUUGGCUUUGAAAGCUAUAUUGGGUUUAAUUAUUUUAGAAUAUUUCUUUUCUUUCACAAAA